UUAAUUCUCUCUCUCUCUCUCUCACUCUCUCUCUCUCUCUCUCUCUCUAAACAAAUGGAUAGUCUCACUCUCACCGCCACCGCCACCGCCACCGCCACCAGGCUCUCCUCCGUUCAAUUAUUUUCGCAACCCUUUCUGAAUUCCAGCAAGAACUCAAGAAUUCAGACAUUCCCUUAUCCUUACAGAAAACCCAGAAAAUUUUCGGUUUCUGCAUCGAAAGAUGAGUCGAAACUCAACGAGUGGGAUCAAAUGGAGCUCAAAUUUGGACGGAUGAUUGGCGAAGACCCCAAACUCACCUUAACAAAGAUUAUGGGUAAGAAGUUAUAUCCGGACAUGUCUAAUAUGGAAAUCGAGAAAUUACUAGAAAAGAAGAAAGGCAACUGGAUUCAAGAAAUCGAGGAGGUCCCCUUUGACUUUGGUCCAUCCGACAAAAAGAACCCGACAAAAGAAUCCGUGCCGGGAUUGAAUUUAGUUCGACCCGUUCUAAAAAAAGGAACCAAGUUCGAAGAAUCUAAUAAACCAGUCGAAGAAGAUGCCAAAAAAAAUCCCACUCAACCAAUUAAUUUAUUCGACGAAACGAAGCCCGCAAAACCCUUGCAAGGACUGAAUUUAGUUCGUCCUGUUCUGAACAAAGGAACGAAGUUUCAGACGAGUAACAAACCAGUCGAAGAAAAGGCUCGAAAUUCUACCGCCCAAUCAAUUACAGAGGUUGCAAAAGAGACUAAAACGAGCGUUCCGAAUGUUAUUUUACGAAAACCGAGUUUGUUUAACGAUGAUGAUGAUGAUGAUGGUAGUGGGAAUAGCAAAUAUUCGAUGUUCGGAAUGAAGCCGAACUUGACGUUGAAAAUGGGGAAAGUGGCGAAUAGAGAGAGGUUUAGUGAUAUGACGUUGUUGAAGAAGCCCGAGCCGAGGACAGUUAGCGAAGAACCUAUUGAUGGCAAAGAUGUAAUUAAUGACGAAGUCGGAGGUGGUGAUAAGAGUCUAGAAAAUGGUGCCACGCUUCUACAGAAACCGGAGUUGACGAAGAAGCUCGAGGGAAAAGAAGAGUUGACUAAGAAGCCUACUGUUGAGUCUAGCUCGAGUGAUAUUUCCACGUCGGGUAAUCUCGACCAAUCGAAAGACGCUGGGGAAAAUGAGUAUGGAUCGGGAAUAGAAUUACAGGCUCCUAUGUCGUCUAAGGAUACUGUACUUAUAGGAAAACCGAAAAGAUUAGAACGCACCGUUGAUAAAGCAACAGAUGAGAGAAUAAGAGAGGAGGUGAUUCCCAUGAAUCGUCGGAGCUUAGGGAAUCCGUUAGAGCUCGAGAACUUCAUUACAACAUCACCAAUUAAGGAACGGGAGGAUGAUGACUGGACUAGAGCUGAAGAGCUGGUUAAGACGGGCGAAAGAGGCGAUGUGGAAUUGAUUAGCUCGAGUAGUAGAGGAUUUGUUGUGUCGUUUGGCUCGUUGAUUGGAUUUAUACCUUACCGGAAUCUUGCCGCGAGGUGGAAGUUCUUGGCUUUUGAGUCUUGGUUGAGAAGAAAAGGCGUGGACCCCAUGAUUUAUAGGCAAAACCUCGGUAUAAUCGGAUAUGAAGCUAAUACCACAACGGAUGCAUCGGAAUCGAUUUUGGAUUCGGAAAUCGGUAGUCAAUUAGAAGGGGCAAUAACUUCGGAUAUGAAACUUGAGGAACUUCUCAUGAUUUACGAUCAAGAGAAACUCAAAUUCUUGGCAUCUUUUGUUGGUCAGAAAAUUAGAGUGGGGGCAACAUUGGCCGACAGAAAUUCUCGGAGGCUAAUAUUUACGAUAAAACCGAAAGAGAAGGAAGAAUUGGUUGGAAAAAAACGAAGCCUCAUGGCGCGAUUGAGUGUCGGAGAUAUAGUCAAGUGCUGCAUUACAAAGAUCACGUAUUUUGGUGUCUUUGUCGAGGUUGAAGGAGUACCUGCACUAAUUCAUCAAACAGAAGUUUCGUGGGAUGCCACAUUGGAUCCAGCAUCGUAUUUCAAAGUCGGCCAGAUUGUUGAGGCAAAAGUUCACCAAUUGGAUUUUUCGCUGGAACGGAUAUUUUUGUCUUUGAAGGAAAUAACGCCAGAUCCUCUGAUAGAGGCAUUGGAGGCUGUGGUUGGUGAUUAUGAAUCCUUGGAUAGUAGACUCGAAACAGCUCAGCCGGAUACCGAGUGGGAUGACGUGGAAUCGCUAAUCAAAGAACUAGAGAUGUACGAUGGAAUCCAAUCCGUUUCGAAAGGUCGCUAUUUUUUGAGCCCCGGUUUGGCGCCAACUUUUCAGGUUUAUAUGGCAUCUAUGUUCGAGAAUCAGUACAAACUCCUCGCCCGAGCUGGAAAUAGAGUACAAGAGGUAAUUGUGCAAACUUCGUCACUAAGCAAAGACGAGCUGAAAUCUGCUAUAAUGACCUGCACCAACAGGGUGGGUUGAAUAAAUUAUCUGGUAGCUGAAAUUAGCUUCGAAAUUCUCGAUUUUUUUUUUUACAAUUUUUAAGUUAAGAAAUCGUAAAUUCGUUUUUUUACGAGAAUUUAUAUUUAGUUCGUUAGCACAUGUUGUAAAGUUCUCUCUUAUGGUAAAAAAUUAUCUUCUGUUUAUGGAAAGUGAAAAACGUGCGUGCAAACAUGAGGGACCAAAACUAUUAAUAAUAAUUAUUAUUUAUU